UAUAAGAUUCCUAUUAAUCAGAUGUUUAAAGAAACUUUUGUGUACUUAUGGCCUUUUCUUUCUAUUGGAGCUCUUUCAACACAUCUUUGCAAAUGACUGGUUUAAACUGGUUCUUCAAACAUGCUACUCUUCACAAGAAUAUCUUCAAGGAAAUACAAGGAAAGUACAACAUUUAAUAUCCUGUGUGUCUUGGCAACGAAUGUUAAAGAGUGAGCAACAACAUCAUAAUAUUGAAGAAACUGACAAACAUAAAAUCAGACACAUAAACCAAUUUCAAAUUGAACUAUUACAUAUUUGGCACAUUUUCAUAUACAACAAAUUUACUGGGGUAUUUACUUUAGUCAAUUUAUGUGGUCUGAUUUGCAUUUAUUCUGGUUUAUUGGGACUAAGAACAUUGUUUGGGUAGUUGUCAAAUAACGUCCUUUUCCCCACAAUAUGCUAAUGUACAAAGACAGUAUAUAAUGUAUAUAUUUUAGGUGAUGUGACUAUUUUAGGUACUUUUCACCUUUUUUAAUCACUUUUUAGCUGUUUUGCAGUUCACUUAAUAGCUCACAAGUCAAAUAGUUUUAGAUGAAGUAUAGGUGUAAUUUUGUUUAUUUAAUUUGCAUAAUGUUGAAACCAUUGUAGAGUAGUCGAAGUAAUGGAGUUGUACUACUGGUAGUGCUACUUGUAUUGUGUUGUCCAUUGGAUUUAUUGUUUCUGCUUGCACUCAUGUUUAAGUCACUUAUGUCAUGUGGACCAUUUACAGUUGCACCCAUAUUGUUACAUGUCACUGUGUAAAUAUACAGUAUCCCUACAAUCAAUCAUUUCUGAGGAAAAAUGUUUUCUUUCAAACAGCAAUUUUUAAACAAAGCAACAGAAACAUGCAUCUCUGUCUUUGUUAGGAGGACUGCGAGCCCUGUGAUGAGUCCUGUAAACACUGUUCCGGUGCUGGUCUCCAGAGCUGUCUCACCAGUCAACCAGGUUUCGCCCUACAUGCCAUUGACCGUCAAUGUUUACCCUGUUGCCAGCCUGGGAAGAGGGACAGAAAGUGUUGUCUCUGCGAUUCAGGCUCAGGAGCGAAAAUGAUCUUUGCACCCUGACAGAGGCAGACAUAAGGGUGGCAGAGGACAUCAUGAAAGCUCUUCGGCCAAUGAAGGCUGCAACGCUAACGAUGUCUGGGGAGAGUGCCACUACCCUAUCUGUCAUUGCACCAUUGCACGCACAGCUACUUGAGGAGAUGCGCCAGACUACCAGUGAUUCCACCGUCAUUAAGGAACUCAAAUCUGCCAUGCACAACGACUUGAGGUUUAGAUAUGCAAAUCUGAAAGAGAAGCUGCAUGUUGCAUCUGCACUUGACCCUCGUUUCAAGACCCUUCCAUUUAUCUCUGACGAGGACCGUGAGGACACAUUCACAAGAUUGAUUAGUGAGACUGAUCACUCUGGAGCAAGUUAAGACACCUGAUCAGCAAGGACCUGAUAGUGCUGGUAUUGGAGGCAGUGCACCUGUACAGGAGCAAAAAUCCCUUGGUGAUGACCCCUCCCCGCCAAAGAGGUCAAAAGAAUCCUGUGCAUUGUUGGAUCUGCUUGGGGCAGCCUAUGCACCAGUGGCUACAGGGACCAGCACUAAUGCUGCAGACAGGGCACUGAAAGAAGUCAUCAAAUACAGGGAAGUUACACCUGAACCUUUCUCAGGAGAUCCACUUAAGUGGUGGAGUAUGCAUGAGGGAGAGUACCUCCUUUUGUCCCACCAGGCAAAAUGCUAUCUUUGUGUUCUAGGAACCAGUACCCCAGCUGAAACGAUCUUCUCCACAGCUGGUGACAUUGUAACAGCUCAAAGAUGUUGUCUUCUACCAGAGCAUGUUGACCAGCUCCUUUUCUUGCAAAAAAGUUACAGUCUCCAAGUGUUAGUUUGACCCAGUUUCCUACAAUGUUCAUAGGCUUGCAGCCUCCAUGUUACAGUUAAUGUGUUGAGAUUUUAUAUUUUGAUUAAUGUAAAGUAACCUGAUCCUUUUUGAACAUGGCAUGUGACUGUUUUGACAUGCCCAUUUUAUUUUCAACUAUCAUUUUGAAUCAAAAUUCUGGCUACUCAUAUUGUAUGCUUUUGAAAUAGAGACGUGGGUUCUGUUUUAAGGAAUAUACCCAUGUGA